ACAAUGGGCAGGUAGGUGUCCUAUCUUUAUGUCAAGUUUGACUAGGAGAUGCAUUUCUUCGCCUAGAGCCAGGAGCCAAAUCAGCACACUAGAGACUUUCUGUACCAGAGCUCACCCAGGACAGGCCCUCGUCUUCGAGGAUCACCAUUCGACAAUAUUUAUUAUGCCCUAUCCAGUGACUUCUCAAUCUGACAGACCCGGUUUGGCCAGGUAUAAAAGCACUGCAGGUAUACAAAGAAGUCAUCAAGCAUUACAGAAAGUACAGUCCUGCCAGGGCACGAUAUACGGCAUUCGCGCGUGACGAGCGUGAAGUACAGUCAGAGGACUCGUCGGUAGAAGAACAAUUUACAAUUAUUCAAAAGAGCAAGGAGAUCAAAUUUUAAAGGUCCACGUCAGCAAGGCGAGGUCACUGGGGGACCUACGCAGCAAAAACGGGCUGAUGCUGAUCACGAGAAAAACGACUGGACUCUCUUAGCCCUGGCUGAGCCACGGAGAAUCAGAAUCCUGUCUAAGGAACACUUCACUGGGUCAGGUUUUACCCGUCUUGCCUGCCUGUCUUCAGCCUUCUGGGAAGGUUCUCUGCACCUCGUGCUAAUAGAAUUCUAUCAAGAAGCUCCACCAAUUUACCCCAGAAGUAGAGGGUCACCAGUUCUAGCCAGACUCUCAGCUUCUGCCCAGCUCUAGACACACACAGCUUCUCCAGGCAGUGCUGCCUCUGAACAGGGAUUACUUCUCUAGGACCUCCAGAUCUCCAAGGGCUGUACAGAACUGGCUGGUCCAAGUUUGAUGGUUGUUGGAUACACAGGCCUGAGGGCAGAUGCGCAUGAAGGCAAGAUAGGCCUGACUAGGAGCUGAUUCCUUUGCAACUCACCUUGGACAAUGUCACUUGGUGGAGGAGAAGGACUGUGAGAUCGUGGCCGGAAGCCAGGUUGUAGCCACUUGCCUGCCGUUGCCCAGCUGAGUGGCAGCCCAGAGCCCAGGAGCAGCAAGUGACUGUAGGUCACAGACACAGUGAAGAUGAGUGUGGGGGUUAGCACCUCUACUCCCCUGCUUCCAGCCUCAGACACAGACGUGGUCACAUCUGCCUUCUCCCUUGUGGACUAUGUGGUGUUUGCCCUGCUGCUGGUUCUUUCCCUUGCCAUUGGGCUCUACCAUGCCUUUCGUGGCUGGGGCCGGCAUACUGUUGGCCAGCUGCUCAUGGCAGACCGCAAAAUGGGCUGUCUUCCUGUGGCUCUGUCGCUGCUGGCCACCUUCCAGUCAGCUGUGGCCAUUCUGGGUGUGCCGUCCGAGAUCUACCGAUUUGGGACCCAGUAUUGGUUCCUGGGCUGCUGCUAUUUCCUGGGGCUGGUGAUCCCUGCACACGUCUUCAUCCCUGUCUUCUACCGCCUGCAUCUCACCAGUGCCUAUGAGUAUCUGGAGCUCCGCUUCAAUAAGGCUGUGCGGAUUUGUGGGACCGUGACCUUCAUCUUUCAGAUGGUGAUCUACAUGGGGGUUGUGCUCUAUGCACCAUCGUUGGCCCUCAAUGCAGUGACUGGCUUUGAUCUGUGGCUGUCAGUGCUGACCCUAGGCAUUGUCUGUACUAUCUACACUGCUUUGGGUGGUCUGAAGGCAGUCAUCUGGACAGAUGUGUUCCAGACGCUGGUCAUGUUCCUAGGGCAGCUGGUGGUUAUCAUUGUGGGAUCAACCAGGGUGGGCGGCUUGGGGAAUGCGUGGGAAGUGGCUUCCCAGCAUGGCCGCAUCUCUGGGAUUGAGCUGAAUCCAGAUCCUUUUGUGCGGCACACUUUCUGGACGUUGGCUUUUGGGGGUGUCUUCAUGAUGCUCUCCUUGUAUGGGGUGAACCAGGCUCAGGUGCAGCGCUACCUCAGUUCCCGCACGGAGAAGGCUGCUAUACUCUCCUGCUAUGCAGUCUUCCCUUGCCAGCAGGUGGUCCUCUGCAUGAGCUGUCUCAUUGGCCUGGUCAUGUUUGCCUAUUACCAGAAGUAUCCCAUGAGCACCCAGCAGGCUCAAGCAGCCCCUGACCAGUUCGUCCUGUAUUUUGUGAUGGAUCUCCUGAAAGGCCUGCCGGGCCUGCCUGGGCUCUUUGUUGCCUGCCUCUUCAGUGGUUCCCUCAGCACCAUAUCCUCUGCUUUUAAUUCAUUGGCAACUGUUACGAUGGAAGAUCUGAUCCGACCCUGGUUCCCUCAGUUCUCUGAAGUCCAGGCCAUCAUGCUUUCCAGAAUCCUCGCGUUUGGCUAUGGGCUACUUUGUCUGGGAAUGGCCUAUAUUUCUUCUCAGAUGGGACCUGUGCUGCAGGCAGCACUCAGCAUCUUUGGCAUGGUUGGGGGGCCGCUGCUCGGACUCUUCUGUCUUGGGAUGUUCUUUCCUUGUGCCAACCCUCCUGGUGCCAUUGUGGGCCUAUUGGCUGGACUUGUCAUGGCCUUCUGGAUUGGCAUUGGGAGCAUAGUGACCAAGAUGGCCUUUGGCGUGGCACCUUCUCCCUCUAAUAUAUCCAGCUUUUCCCUGCCUAGUAACCUGACCACCGUUGCCAUGACCACACUGAUGCCCUCAACCACUCACUCCAGGCCUACAGGACUGCAACGGUUCUACUCCUUGUCGUAUUUAUGGUACAGCGCUCACAACUCCACCACAGUCAUUGUGGUGGGCCUGAUUGUCAGUUGGCUCACUGGGGGAAUGCGGGGCCGGACCCUGAACCCUCGGACCAUUUCCCCAGUGUUUUCAAGACUUGUUGAUCUCCUGCCCCUGUCUUGUCAGAAGCGAUUUCACUGCAAAAGCUACAGCCAGGUAGAUCUCUCGGUGGAUACCCCUGCGUUUCCAGAAAAGAUGAGUAAUGGGAUGUUGAAGAAUAGCAGAGACAAGGAGGCCAUGGCCGUGCCUGAGGAAGGUUCAGCCCACCAGGGGAGCAGCCCUACCUUCAUCCUGCAGGAGACCUCACUGUGAUCCGAGCUCGGGUCCCAGUCCUGGAGGCAGCCUGUAGUAAAGUGAUGAGUUAUGUGAUGCAUAAUGCAGAGACAAUCAAGGACUAGAUUACCUAGCCCACCAAAGGACCUUGUUCUUAGAUGUUUGGGCUGCAGUAGAAGCCAUCAUAACAUGGGAAGUGUGAGGGCAGGACAGGGUUUUUACUUGUCCCUUGACAGUCUAUUCUCUAGAAGACCGGGCUUGCAGUGGACAGGAUUUUGCUAGCAAAGGGUAUAGAAGCAAAUCCUCUGGGGAGUGGGUAAUGGCUUCUGAUUAAUCAUCAUCAGGAUCCUUUGAAGUGAAUAGAAACUGCAGUGCUGGUUAUCACUGUUCUGGGGCCUGAUUUGACAAGGUUGGCCAUGUUUACCAUUAAAUACAAAGCUGCCUUGGCCAGCUGUCACUUC